AAUGGUGCUACAAAGGUGUCAGUUGAGAAAUACAGACAGAUGAGAGUAGUUUGAGUUGAUAUUGUUUGGAAUGCAAGUAAAUUUCCAGUUAAUCGACAACAAUGGAUGCUGCACGCACAUAUGAACGAUAUUUGAGUGCCCGAAUACGCGUGGAACGACUAGAUUGGUUACUUUCAAGAGGUCGUGGUUUGCUUGCACAGAGGAUCAAUCGCCAUGGUCGCAUGCCCGCUGGUGGACGCUUUACUCCAUCCGUCGGCUCAUUGUCCCUUUCGUGCGUUCGUAUACCCAUCUCCAAAAAGCAGUCUGAUAGAUGCGUGUGCGAUGAUGUUAAGCCCACCACUUCUCAGAAACAAAUUAAAAGAAAGGAUACAUACGCAUCUAAGGAGUAUAUAACCGUCUCUAAAGUGCAGUCUGAUAGAUGUGUCUGUGAUGAGCCCACCUGCGCAGAGAAAGGACAUGAGAAAGUGAAGGUGGUAGGGAAAGAAAGAAAGAAAAAGUCUGAAAGAAAAGCCAAGUGCAAAUGCACUUGCAAGCGUCCAGUUAUAGUGGUGCCAUCAAAAUGGAAAUAUGAAGCAAGCCCACAAGGCAAAAAAGAUAAUUCCAAAAUGCGCUUCAAAUGCUGUUUGUCUAGGGACAAGAAGAAGACUAAGACUUGCCGAUCAACACAAAAAGUGCAGCCCGUAAAUUGUCCAUGUCAAGAAAAAUUGGUGGGUGCUCCAUCGAAGGAGAGUCUGAGGUCCGACAGGCACCAUUCUCGAGAAUCGAGAGUAGGAUCAGAGCCCGUUCAGUGCACUACAAAGUGCACCGAAUGUGAAAAAAUACCGAAUAUAACCAUAGAACUAUGCUUGUUAAAAAAGAAACUGGAGGAGCAGAUCGCGCAAGAAGCAGAGCAGAAGCAACAACUGAAUGUGAUGAACAAUCAACUAAAGCAGCUCUGUAGCACUGUUUGUACUCUAAAUGAAAAGUGCAAGGGUUUGGAGAGUGAGAAGGGAAAGCUGACCAAGUGCGUCUGCAUAAAAAAGUCGUCAGCAAAACUUAUCUGUAAUAGAAAUGAUUCCACACUGGAGCGCAAAGUCUCGAGCCAGUGUCAGUUUUGCAAGGACAAGAAGCUACCCGUCCUUAGCAGCAUGCAGUAUGCUCUCUUCAAAAUGAUGGGCAAGCGUUGCUUUCAAGACAUUGCGCUGACGAUCCUAUUGCGAGCGGACAAUGUCUACCAUGUGAAUGUUAGAGAUCUGGAGACUGGCUGUGUACUAGGCUGUUUGCUGGUUACCGAUGCGGGCAUCAAGGAGGCCAAUACUCUGGGUAUUUUCCAGGAGAUACUCACAUUCUGUGUUAUCGAUGUGCGCAACACGAUCAACAACAAGGAAGCCGUCUUUGGUGGCAUAAAUUUCGAGCUCGUACGUGAUCACCGGCUGACUGGAGGGAAUACGUCAAGCCCAAAGACGCAGCCGGAAGCCUGUGAGGUGGAGCAGUGCGAUUCGCCAGUGGAACUCUGUGAGGAGUCACCCAAGGAGCAGCAGAGUUCGAUUUUCUGCUUAACCGAUGAUUUCAAGGCUGCCUACAACAAUUCCAAAACAUUUUCUGUUUCUUCUUCACCAAAAACAAGCGAGCCACAGGUCGAGGCUAAAAGCAAUAACAAAAGUAAGCCCAAGAUGAGCAUGUCCGAGACAAUACGAGAAAUUAAUAGCUAUAGUAGUUCCCUUGUGCUGACAGAUACGGAGACUAAAUAUCCAGUGCGACACAUACGAAUCAUUUCCCUGAUGGAAUCCACCUCCCCCUCUGAAUAUAGCGAUGACGAUUUUCCUCGAUCUAAGCUAAACUAAUGGCUCGUUAGCUGCUCAAUCUGUCAUAGUUAUUGAAAAUUCCAAAUUUUAAUGUGUUGUAACAAGUAUUGUACAUAAUUUUUAAUACAAAUUUUUAACCCAAUAAUAUCCAAAGCAGGUAGUGAGUAGAAGACAAAUGCCAUCUAAGAGAAAGUGUUCUGUAAGAAUUAUUUCCACCAUUGAGAAGGUACCUAUUCUUGCAAGAUUUAAGCUACUUGCUGAUAUGUAGGAGGACGCCCUAGCACCAUCUGUUUCUGUCACUAACUAGACUAAACUAUAACAUGAUGCAACUUGUACAGUAUUUGGGAGACAUACAAGUAUUUAUACUUAUUUUAAUGAAAUAUAUUUUCGGGCUCCAGGACUUUAUUAUACAGGAUUAAACGAUAACACAUCUUUAAGAUAUGCCUCAAUAAAUCGUGCUGAUUUCCUAUUGAA